AUGUCGUUCCAGGACUCUCCCAAUCUCGAAGCCCAGCCUACCACAUGGCGCCGCUCCGACGACCCCGAGUACCAGGAUGAUCCAGAGUUCAACGCCUUCACUACCGACCUUUCUGAUCGCCUCUUUUCCCUUACUGCAAACAUCUCGCGUCUUUCCAGCCAGGUCGCUCUACUCGGUACCAAGCGCGAGACGGACCGCGUGCGCGAGCGUGUCCAGGACCUGCUCGAAGAGACGUCGGCAAGCUUCAAAGACAUUGGCGAUGGCUUGAAGAAGGUCCAGGCAUGGCACGACUUGGGCCCCGCCCAAAAGUACACCCAAGGCAAACUGAACCAGGAAUUCAAAGCUUCCCUCACCGAAUUCCAAUCUCUGCAACGAACUGCUCUCGAGAAACAACGCGCCUCUGCCACCGCUGCCCGUACCGCCCUCGAAGAGUCUGGCUCGCCGACUGUUGAACGCUCGCAACAGCAAUUACAACAGCAGCAGCAACAAGAACAACUCCGCCUAGCCGACCAGUCCGACGUUGACUUUCAAGAAUCCUUGAUCGUCGAGCGCGAGGCUGAGAUACGCAACAUCGAACAGUCCGUGGGCGAACUUAACGAGUUGUUCAGGGAUGUCGCGCAUAUGGUCCACGACCAAGGCGGUCAGCUCGACAUCAUCUCUAAUAAUGUCACCAGCACCAGAGAUGACACCCAGGGCGCUGACCGCGAGUUGCGCACCGCCAGCAGACACCAGAAGAAUGCCAGGAACAAGAUGUGCUGUCUCUUGUUGAUCCUGGCUGUCAUCCUGACUGUUGUCAUUGUUGCUGCUGUUUCUGGUUAG